CGCAACUUUCGUCACUUACAACUUCAACAAACACCCCCAAAUCCUUUGCAUACCAUCGCUAUUUGUACAACUUACACUCUAGCUGUUGAGUACAGCUCCACGCGCCAAAAUGCCCAAAGCCGAAGCCGGCAGCACCAAGGCCAUCAGCAACAAGAUCAAAGCCAAAGGACUAGGUAGACUCCGAUGGUACUGUCAAGCAUGUUCGCGACAGAUGCGCGAUGAGAACGGGUUCAAAUGCCACGUCCAAAGCGAAAGCCACGUGCGGCAGAUCCUCCUCAUCGGCGAAGACCCCAAAAAGCACAUCGAAAGCUUUAGCAAAGAGUUCCUCACGAACUUCAUGAACCUGCUGCGCACAUCCCACGGCGAGAAAAAGGUGCAGCUGAACCAGUUCUACCAGACUGUCAUCGCAGACAAAGAGCAUAUACACAUGAACGCGACUAAGUGGAAGAGUCUGUCGCAGUUCGCGGCGCAUCUGGGCCGCGAGGGCUUGUGUCGGGUUGAGGAGACGGAUAAGGGUUUGUUCGUGUCGUACAUUGAUCGCAGUCCUGAGACGAUGAGGCGGCGUGAGGCGGUGCUUAAGAAGGAGAGGCAGGAUCGGGGUGAUGAGGAGAGGGAGCAGAGGCAGAUUCAAGAGCAGGUGGAGAGGGCGCAGCGGGCGCAGCGUGAUGCUGCGGGGAGGAAGGAGGGGGGUGGGGAAGAGGUUGCCGUUGCUCCUGAGGCGAGGAAUCUGCAGCGGAAGGAGGGUGAGAAGGUGAAGUUGAAUAUUGGGUUUGGAGGGGCGGCGAAGUCCGAGGCUGGAGGUGCUGCUCCGCCGUCGUCGGGAGAGAAGGAUUCUGCGUCUUCGGGAGAUGAUACUGCCGAGAAGAAAGCUACAUCUGUCACACCAGAUGCUGCAGCUGCAGCGCCCAAUCCUUCAGAAUCUCCUGCCCCGUCCGCACCUCCCAAGAUCUCCCUCUCGAUGGGCGGCGCCAACAAGCCCAAGAACGUCUUCUCAGCGGCAGCAAAGAAGAACCCACUUGCAGGGAAGAAGGGCCCCGUCCUGGAACAGCCGAAGAAGAUGUCUGAGCAGGAGCGGAUCAUGAAGCAGGAGAUGGAAACGAUGGAGCGAAAGCGCAUGCGCGGGUCGUCUGGGUUUCCGAACGCGAAGCGGCCCAAGAUCUCUUGAUCUGCUAUUUGGUCUAGGAUGAUUAUUUUGACUCGGUUACAUGAUACCUCAUUCUGCACGGCAGUGCGCGCCCCGGCUGCGGCUGGAUAUUGAGUGCAGCAUAUGAUGCAGUGGUUGGGUUUGGUUGGCUAUGGCUACCUGGAGUUUACUAUUGCGUGCAAAACUAAGGUCCCUACACGCUAGAUUUUCU